AUGUCUCGAACUCGGGGGGGACUAGGCCAGCAAACACCUUUCAUUCACGGCUUCUCAAAUACAAAACUACCGGUCCCCCACCUAGAACAUCCAAAAACAGGCGACGAUUACCCUCUUCGUGUGUCCUUUAUGGACCAGCAAACUGUCCAGACGGGAAGCACGGUAUUUAUGACGCAGCUAUCAUAUAAAUUUGAUCACUGGGAUGAUUGUGUACGAUUUCAAGAACUGCUACUCGGCUCCAAGUUGAUAUUUAUCGGCGGGAUGGCUGAGGCCAAGUCCAAAGGCCGGGGUGAAGAGUGCAUCAGCCAAAAUCUUCGCAUCCUCCGCGGGCAUAACGGGAAACGGGUAAUGCUGUUCUUUGCUAACUCGCAACGGAGGGAGCUCAAACGAUACGUUUCCAUACCCCCCGGGCGACCAGCCCUACUUGAUCUGAAUCCGAACUUCGAGAUUCUGUCUCAAAUGAGAAAUCUUACGGUUCAGUUUCUUGACGAUGAUGGUCAGUGCACAUUUAAGUUUCUCUCUCUGGAUGAUUGGCUGAUUCCUCUCUCUGCAGACUGCACAGCAUUUUGUCAGAUGUUGUCAUACGACCUGACGAUUGGAUGA